AUGCAGCUGCCCCGCGAGAUCCACCUCGUCUCCAAGGCCACAACGCCGAUCUCCGAAUUCGCCAUGUCGAGCACCGAAGCCGUUCGAGAGGCAGCAGCGACCAACCAAGUCCAGUGGCUCACAGAACUGCUGAAGUUGCCCGAAUUUCGCGGCAACAUGAACGAAACAGCUCGAAACCUCACGGAAAUCGCCGCACCGGAAUUUGAUGCUUACGAACUGAGAGAGAGCUUGUACUACACGAUGGCAUGUGCAGCACGUAAGGGUCACUUUGAUAUCGUCAUAUUUCUAAACGAAAAAGUCGGAAAGGAGUUGUUCCGAGAAGACGAGAGCAUCGGCAUUGAAGAUGGAGGCCAAAGGGGAGAUGGAGAACUCAACGGUGAAGAUAAUGACGACAAUGGUGAAAAGUUAGAGGUGGUUCUUGGUAACGACUGA